AUGCCUGACUUUACCGAGGCGGAUACCAUCCGCAUUCUUGUUGCGACCGACAAUCAUGUUGGCUACGAAGAACGGGACCCGAUCCGCAAGGACGAUAGCUGGAGGACUUUUGAUGAAGUCUUGAACCUUGCCCGAACUGAAGAUGUCGACAUGGUCCUCCUCGCUGGCGACCUCUUCCACGACAACAAACCCUCCCGAAAAUCCCUUUAUCAGGUCAUGCGAACCCUCAGACAAAACUGUUUAGGGAUGAAACCCUGUCCAUUGGAGUUCCUCUCAGACGCUGCAUCUGUGUUCGAAGGUGCUUUCCCUCACGUCAAUUACGAAGAUCCCGAUAUCAACAUUUCGAUCCCUGUUUUCUCCAUCCAUGGCAACCAUGACGACCCAUCGGGUGAAGGAAACUUCUGUUCACUUGACCUUUUACAAGCGAGUGGAUUGCUCAACUACUACGGCAGAGUUCCUGAAGCCGAUAACAUCGAAGCUAAGCCGAUUCUGUUGCAGAAGGGCCUUACAAAGUUGGCUCUCUUUGGAAUAAGCAACGUUCGUGACGAGCGUAUGUUUCGAACCUUUCGAGAUCACAAGGUGAAAUGGUUUCGGCCAGGUGCUCAGAUGGGCGACUGGUUCAACCUUUUGGCUGUUCAUCAGAACCACCACGCACAUACAGCCACAUCCUAUCUUCCCGAGAAUGUCUUGCCUGACUGGCUAGAUCUCGUGGUUUGGGGCCACGAGCAUGAAUGUUUGAUCGACCCUACACAGAACCCAGAAACAGGGUUCCACGUCAUGCAACCCGGUUCAUCUGUCGCAACGUCUCUGGUGCCAGGUGAGGCUGUUCAGAAGCACGUUGCUAUUGUGAGUGUGACGGGCAAAGACUUCAAGGUUGACAAGCUCCCACUCAAGACCGUGCGCCCUUUUGUCACACGGGAACUCAUCCUUGCGCAAGACAAGCGCUUCAAGGGACUCGAUAAGAAGAAGGACAACCGUCAAGAGGUGACCCGGAGACUGAUGGAAGUUGUCGAGGAGAUGAUUGAGGAAGCCAACGCGGAUUGGGAGGCAAUUCAGACCGAUGAUGAGGCAUUGGAGGAACGCCCCCUUCCGCUGAUACGUCUCAAAGUGGAAUAUACAGCGACAGAUGGUGGUCAGUUCGAGAUUGAGAACCCUCAAAGAUUUUCAAAUCGAUUCGUUGGUAAAGUGGCCAACACGAACGAUGUUGUGUACUUUUACCGCAAAAAGACGUCAACGCGCAAGGCAAAUGCCGUCAAUCCAACAGCAGCCCUCGAAGCCCUUGAUGGUGCUGAUGACAUGGUCAAGGUCGAAAAUUUGGUGCAAGACUUCCUGUCGGCACAGUCGCUCAAGGUCCUUCCGCAAGGACCGUUUGGCGACGCUGUGAACCAGUUCGUGACAAAGGAUGAUAAACAUGCAAUGGAACUGUUUGUGUCAGAACAUUUGACAGGUCAGGUCCGAUCUAUGCUUGGUCUAGAGUCAGACGACGAGGAUCUGAACAGUGCCAUGGACAUCUACCGAACCAGAAUUGAGCAGCAACAGACCAGCGGUGUACUUGCGGCCCCAGUAGAGCGAAAACGAGUCCUCAAGCCAAAGCCAACAACCUGGGAUAGCGAUUUCGAUGGCAGUUGGGAGAAUGAGCCGGAUGCCUGGACGUAUGAAGACGAACAGCAGGCUGAAUCUACACCUGCACCCGCACGCAAGCCUGCACGAGGACGAGGCAAGGCGGUACAACAAGACGAAGAUUUAAUGGAUGAAGAUGAGCCUCCUGCUAAAAAGCCACCGGCUAAACGAGCAGCACGUACUACAAAAGCAGCAUCUACCAAAGCACCUGCCAAGAAGGCACCAGCCAAAGGUCGAGGCCGCAAGGCAUUUGAAGAGAGUGAAGAAGAAGACGUGGUGAUGGAAUCAGAGGAUGAGCCUGCUCCCCCUCCACCAAAGACACGACGAGCUGCAGCAACGAGGAGCAAUGCCAAGGCCACCACGUCUCGAGCAGCGACCAAGAGUACACGGCAGACAACGCUGAACUUUUCACAGUCGCAGAAGAGCGGUACACAGAGCAAGGCGGUUGAGAUCAGCGAUGAUGAGAUUUCAGACGAUGAUGCGUUCGAGCCAGCGCCGGCACCAGCAUCUCGUGCUCGACGGAGAUAA